AUGAGAAGUUAUGAAGUAUAUACGGGGGCGUUGGCGGAAGUCACAAAAUGCGGUAACACUCCACUCUCCGACGCACAAGUGCGAAUUGGGGCGAAACGUUUAACGAAGGCGCCCCGGGGCCCUAAGGGCCGGACACCGCCGCCUCCAGCCGACAUGAAUUCACGCAGCGCCUGCGGCUCUUGCGGCUACUGCGCCGAGAUGGAUGGGGCACAGAGAGAGGACGGCCAAGGCUUCAAAGAGGCGGCGGCGGCGGUGACUGAGGCAAAGUACACGGAGAGGGGGCAACAAUCGAACAAGAAAAAUGAGGAGGAGAGGAUGAGAAUAUGGAGAAAGAUGAAGAGGCAGAUGAAUGGGAGGGGGAAGAGUAGUAAGAGAGGAGAGGAGGAAGGAGGUGCACGAGGAAGAUGGGGGAAAAUACGGAGAAGGAAGAAUAAGAAGGAAGAGAGGAAGGGAGAGAGGAAGAGGAGGAGGAGAGGAGAAGGAGGAGCUGGAAGGAGGCGGAGGACACGGCGAGGUCGUGAGGGUGGCGGCGGUGGCUGCGUUCAUGGUUCCUCGAACGGACUGACGCAGGCACUUGGAGCGUACACACAGCGGGCGCAUUUAAGCGCUGCCUCCCUCAGCAUCUGCACCAUGCGCAACGGCGGCGUGCUUCUCUUCCUGACGGUGGCGGCGCUGGCCGCGCUCUGCGUCGCCGCGCCUUCCGGCGACGGCGGGGCCGAAUCCUAUCCUCAGGGCGGGCUCCGAGGUGUCAUACCAAUGCAACACGUGCACGUGCACCCAGGACGGCACGGGCUACGCGUGCACGCGCCAGCUCUGCCCCCCUCCAGAGCGCGAGCGGAGACGUAA